CCCACCCCACCCCACCCCACCCCUCUCUCUCUAGCUACCUAACUACAUAUACAUAUCAAUCACAUUCACACCCCAGCUAUAUAUAUAUAUAUAUAGAGAGAGAGAGAGAGAGAGAGAGAGAGAGAAUGGGGAGAUCAGCAUGCUGCGAGAAGGUGGGGUUGAAGAAAGGGCCAUGGACACCCGAAGAAGAUCAGAAGCUGUUGGCCUAUAUUCAGCAACAUGGCCAUGGAAGCUGGCGUGCCUUGCCCGCCAAAGCUGGGCUGCGGAGAUGUGGGAAGAGCUGCCGGCUGCGGUGGACCAACUACUUGAGGCCAGACAUCAAACGAGGGAAGUUUAGUUUACAGGAAGAGCAGACCAUAAUUCAACUCCAUGCCCUCCUUGGAAACAGGUGGUCGGCCAUAGCCUCUCACUUGCCGAAGCGAACGGACAACGAGAUCAAGAACUACUGGAACACUCAUCUGAAGAAGAGGCUAAGCAAGAUGGGCAUCGAUCCGGCCACCCAUAAACGGAAAACCGACGCCCUCAGCCCCCGCCAGCUCAAAGACGCCACUACCCUCAGCCACCUCGCCCAGUGGGAGAGCGCCCGCCUCGAGGCGGAAGCCCGAUUCGUCCGCGAAUCCAAGGUCCUCCACCACCUCCCUCCGCCGCCCACUGUGGCGCCCCUUCACUUGGACGUCCAAACCGUGAAAUACAACCCCAUUUCCGGCGCCAUCUUCGCCACCACCACCACCUCCGCCGCCGCCCCCAACUGUAGUCUGGAGUCGCCCAUCAGUAGCAUCCAUCCCUUGUCAGCCAUUCAUCAGUAUGACGCCGCCAACCCCAUGAACUUCCCUGCGGCGGCGUUUUCAAUGGAUGCUGCUGUGAAUACGAACGCGGUGCUGCCGGAUUUCGUGGAAGGGCUGACUGAUAUUUUGCUGGAGAACAUGAACGAUCAGGAACUGAACUCCUCCGGCGGCGUGGUUGAUGGGGUCCCCGGCUGCGACGUGGGCGAAAUCUGCUCCGGCGAGUUUGAGGAGAAUACGAGCUACUGGAACAAUGUGCUGAAUCUGGUGAACUGUUCUCCGUUUGGGUCGCCGGUGUUCUGAAUCAGUAGUGGUAACUAAUAAAUAGGGAAGGAUCGAUCAUGUUGAAACUGCGAUUUCGAAGAGAUCAUCAACUCAGAGAUUUAUAUAUAUAUAUAUAGUUCAUCCGCUUUCUUUCUCAA